AUGGCCCAGAAAGGGCCUUGUUGCGGGGUCACUAAUGAGAAUGCUGACCUGCAGCUUCGCGCUACCUUUUCUACCAUUGUGGAGGACACAGGCGCCAGUCAAGCUGGACAAGUUCACAACCAUACUGAUCUCCAUGACUUGAAGAGCUGCGACUUUCUGAGCUACGUCAAGAGAAUGGAGAACGUUGAGGCAAACAAGCACGUUGAGAUGGCGGGUAUGAAGGUUGGCCUCCUUUACUUCUUCGACAAGGUAGAGGCGUCGGCAGCUCGCGGGCGUUUGUGCGAAGCAAGAAGAUCCAUGCAGAGAUCAGACCUCCCGAUGUCCGCACGAUUAGAUCUUCCAAUGCAUGAGAUGGGAGUUCUUGUUGGAAAGCGUCUUUUCGUUGCCUACUCCUAUGCACCAGGACGAACCGACAACCGCACAAACAAGUCCUGCAGAGGUAUGUUUUGCCAACACGGCUUUCUUGAGUUUCGAAUGCGCCAUGUCCCGGCUUGCCGUGAGCCACAAAUAUUGUCACGUACCGCACAAGGUUCCAGCUGA